GCCGGGGUUCGGCUGCAAAGCAUCCCGACCACUGGCAUUAAGCUAAUUAUGCCUGGAUGACCCCUCCCGAUUCGUACUCUCGUAUCGACUGGUCUGGAUGCUGACUCGACCUUUCAUUGUCUUUAUAUAUAUCCAUUCGAGGCCGGUCCCGUCCCGGUAACCAGGAUCCUUCCUCGAGAAUCUAUACCUGCUUAUUUUUUACCUAUACAAGGAUGAAGCUGCAGCUGUUGACUGUCACAGCGAUUACAGUGCCCCUUUGCUCGACCCUUGCGAUCCAGGACGUCUUCGGCGACCUGAAGGAUCUUAGAAAAUCAUUGAUCGACGUCCAGAGCAAGAGUCCACUCAAUAAUGCUGUCGAACGAUCACCCACCUUCACUCCUGCAGAGGUUCUAGAUCCCAACACGGACAUCGACCAGUACCUCUCCAUCAACACCAACGAUGUCGACAGUUGGAUAAAGAACUUUUUCAGCCAGCCCAUCGACGAAAUCACAAAUGUUCCAUCUGACCUUAUCGAUCUCGACCGCGACAUCAGCGUCAAUUCCGAUUCUGUUGAUCCGCACCAUUCCGAUAAGACAAUCUACCAGCUUAUUGCAGAGAGCAAAUACACCACCAUCCUGACCAAAAUAAUCAACGAAGACCCCGAACUGGUGGACUAUCUCAAUUCGACCGAUCAUAGUCUCACCUUUUUCGCUCCAACCGACCACGCUUUCCGCAAGCUCCCGCAUCACCAUCACCGGGACCACGAUGGUGGUGAUAACGAUGACCAUCGCAUCCCCAAGGAAAUAAUCCGCGCAAUCCUGCGCUACCACUCCUCGCCGCAGGUCCUCAACGCCGUGAAGCUCUUCCAUAGCCAUACCAUCCCCAGUGCCCUCAACUCCACCCUCCUCGGCACUACCGGCAACGACAACGACAACGACGAGCACAAAGACAAGAUAAGACACGGCCUUCCGCAACGCCUCGCUAUCCGCGCCGGCUUCAAAGGCCUAACCUUGAACUUCUACAGCCACAUAAUCGCCGCUGACAUCAACGCAUCCAACGGCCUUAUCCACGCACUAGACUCCAUCCUCCUCCCCCCACCACCAGCCUUGCACCUCCUAACGCUCCUCCCCACAAGAUUCUCCACCCUGAACCAAGCCCUAUGGGAAACCUCCCUAGCAAAGCGUCUAAACACAACAUCCAAAGAAUCUGGACACGGAUUCACGCUCUUCGCACCCUCGAACACCGCCUUCCAACGCCUCGGCCUGAGAGCCAACGCCUUCCUCUUCUCUCCCCCGGGCCUGCCCUACCUCAAAGCCCUGAUAAAGUACCACAUCGUCCCGGAACGCACACUGUACAGCGACGUGCUGUAUACAUCCGACGGGAAGAUAAAGCCAUUCGGGCUUGAGCUUGGGCUUGGAUCGUCCCGGUUCGCGAGUGGGGAUAAUAACAAUAACCUGGGCACGCACCUUGAUCUUCCGACGUUGCUGGAGGGGCAUGAGAUUGCGGUUGACUUGACGCACCUCGGUCCGUAUGUAAGCUUUAGGCUGAAUGGGUGGCGGCGCGUGGGGUUUGCGGAUGUGUUGAGUAAAGACGGGGUUAUCCAUGUGUUGGAUCGGGUGUUGAUUCCGCCGAGAAAGUUGGAGGGGGAUGCGGUGUUGCCUGGGGAAGAGGGGGAUGGAGACGGUGAGGUGGAGAUUGAGGAGUUGGUGGAGAGGUUGGAGCCUUGGGUUGAGGACGAUGAGGAUGGUGAGGAGAACCUCCCGCAUGCUGGGGAGCUGUGAACUGUUGACGACUGUUUAUGUUUAUGAGUUUAUAUGAUACUAGCUGGCUGGUGUUUUUAUUCUGCUUGAAAAAGCUGGUUCGUUUUGGAUCUUCUACUACUAUCUUAUUUUGUCAAUAGGGUCGACAUCUCAUCUGACAAGUGCAUAUAUUUCUAAUUGAACAGCGCUGUAAUCUCACUAUGGAUUUACCAACAUGGACGAUGUCGGUGGAGGUAAUUGUUGGGCAAGCUUCUCUCCACUACCCCUUCCAUGGGGAUACAUCAGACCAUGAACUUUCCAAUGUAUAUAUCCGUAUUUUCACAGGAUAAUCCCACACAAGUUG